GGAGUGGGGUCAAGUGGUUAGAGCCGGGGUAGCUGGAAGCCAGGACGCCUGAGUUCUAUCCCUAGCUCUGGGAGGGGAGAGGGGGCUAGUGGUUAGAGAUGGAAACCCCGUCCCUGGAGCAAACUCUCCCUUCCUGGCAGCCCAGAUGGGAGUGUCAUGCUGACUUUUAAUGGGCCACUAGGCAGGGCCGUGAGGAGUAGGUGGAGCAGGAUACGGGCGGUUUAUUGCGGGAUCGCUUCUCAUGGCUCACAUUUGCUCUCCAGGGUGUGGCUGCAUCUGGCUAGGCUGGUUCUUGUGCUAUUCCUCUUUGCAGCUUGGGGGUGGGCCUGGGGGCCGGCUCUGUCCGGUGGUGGAUAAAGGGCCCUGGAUCUGCAAGGAAGAAGAGAACGGGAAAGGCAGAGCGGAGGAGCAGAGGAUCCUGGAGCAUCUGUUUCUCAGGGGAGGAAGACGGUGAAAGGCGGAAAGGAGGGAGAGAUCCGGGGAGGGGGGGGUCUGAUUCUCAGCAAGGGAAGAAGGAAGGUGAAAGGCAGAAAGAAGAGAGUGACCGUUGCGGGUUUGCUCCGCCGAGCAGAAGAAGGACGUGUGGGGCAGAGCGGAGGACAGCAAACACCCUGAAUUUGCCCAGUGGACCCCAGGGCCCUGAGGCAGUAGUGGGUGGAAAAGGGGAGCGAGAAAGGCCACUCAGAGGGGAGAACGCCCCAAGUCAACUCAGGAAAUACAGCAAGCCAGCACCAGAGGAGCAGGAGAACGGCCCGGAGGAGGAGAGGGGAGGCCUGGAAAUUAGGGGGCUUGGAGACACGCCCUGAGGGAGUGGCAGACCAGCAAAGGCUCCCAGGGGGAGUGCGGCACCAUGAGUUACCCAGACUAUGGUAAGGGCCCCGAGCCCUCCGUCCCUGCUCAGCCACCCCCAUACUCCAGUGUGCCACCUUAUGCGGCCCCUCCUCCGCUACUGCCCUCAGGCGGGCAACUCCCCACCCCAAGCUACGGGGCAGCCCCCAACCAACAGGGCUAUUACCCUCCAUACAACGAGGACCCCAACCGGGGACCGAUGAGCUAUGCCCCACAGCAGAUCAUCCUGGUCUCCCCACCUCCUGCCAAGGAGAAUGACUACCUGGGCUACUCCAUCUUCACCCUCCUCUGCUGCUGCCUGCCCCUGGGCAUCGUGGCGCUGGUGUAUUCCAUCCAGACCCGGGAUGCCAACAACAGUGGGAACACUGGCCAGGCACAGCAGAGUUCCCGGAUGGCCCGGAUUUUCAACCACACAGCCCUGGGGGUGGGGAUUGUGGUGCUGAUUGUGUGGGUUGCCAUUGUGAUUGCCAUCAGCGUCUCAGCCUAUAGAUAAAACCCCUGAGGGACUGAUCCUUCCGCCCAGCCCCUCCCCUCCCCCCAGCCCCCAGCUCUAAGCCGAGCCCUCCAAUAGGGGCAGCAGUUUUGAACACCUCCCUGAAUCCAUACACACAGACCCGAAUGCACCACAACACAACCAUCUCCUCAGCCCACCCACACACUCACAAAGCAGCCAGUCUGUGCCCCCCACAUACAACAUCCCCCCCUUGCCAGCCCCCCAGCCAAGAUCGUGGGACCCAGGGAGAAUGAGCCCCCUCUGCCAGCCAUCAGGACUCACACACCCCAGACCCCCCAAGUAGGCCAAGUACCACUCCCCUCCGCACCAGGGCACAUGGUCCAAUGAGGGCGCAAAGGACUCUGGGAGACACUGGGACUGGACGGGACUUCAGACAGGGUCUGAGAUGAUUCAGACACGGCAAGGGGGGCUAAGAGGAGUGUGGACCCAAAUGUCCUCCUGCCCCCCCUCAAUCUGGCCUUACCCCCUGGCUCCCCACCACCACCACCCAUCUGGGGUCCAUUUUGGGCCACACCAUUGGCUUCUGGGAAAAACAGGACUGGCCAGCCCCUUGGCUAAGAUUGUCUCAUGUCCCCCUUUGUUGUGUUAGAGGAUAAGAGCUCUACUACUCCCGCUGGCUGGUGGAGAGACUCCUUUAAUGACACCUAGAGGAUACCAGCUCGACUACCACUGCUGGCUAGUGGAGCAAUUCCUUUAGUGCCGUCUGGAAGAUAACAGUCUACUACCACUGCUGGUUAAUGGCUGAAGGAGCUGUGAGCAGGGCCUGUCAUGGCCUGACCAGCAGGAGCACUCCCUGCUGGGUAACCCCAGAAGUUUGGUCCCUGCUCAGCAUCCUAGUGGCAAAAUCCAGAAAGAGAGCGUGCAGCUGUCCUCACUCCUCCAUUGGGUCCCCAGAACGAACGCCCGUCUGCCUUGAGAAACCAGCUGCUGGCGCCCGGCUGGGAAAGCCACCCCCUGCCAGCUGCACCGACGAGCAGCAAAAAGCCUCUUGGGAGCUUCCUAGCACCUGCGUACGAUGCCACCUGCGCCUCGGGAACGACAGUCCCGGGUUACUCCGAAACGACGGCCUCUGAAGGCCUCAAAACGCAGGCGGUUGCCCCAGUGUUUCACCCACCAGCCUUUGCCCGUCUGUCCAGAGGUUGCCCUCAAUCCGCUGACAGCACUGAGGCUGGACACACUCGUGACUUUAAUGCUCAGCGGAAGCUAGACGCAUUCAGGCUGGAAACGAGGGGUCCGUGUCCAACAAGCAGGGGAAUGCUGGGGUGGUUUUCUAAAAAAAAAUCUGCUCUCAUGCAAAAGGGGGUUCAUUUGGGGAAGUGUUCAGGGCUUUGUCGUGAUCACUGGGCUCCUUUCUGACCCUGUGAUCGACAAAGCUACCGAUGGACAGUGCUGCCAAGAGCUAGGUAGGAUUCUUACGUGACUCUUUGGUUAAAGGGGCAUUGGGCGCUCCAGAGGAAUUUGGAGGGGUUCAGCGUUAUCCCCCAUAUAUUACCUUUGGGUACAGAGUCAUGCGUGGGACGGCCUGGCUAUGGAGUAUUGCCCAGGUGAGGUCAUUUUGAAUUGAAUUGCCCUUCUUGGCUCAAUCAGUAGCUUGUCUCUCUUCUUCAGUCCCACUUGAGAAUCCUUUGCUUGACUUUAGAAGCGAGAUCCACUAAUUCCAUGGACAGCCGAGCUCCUUUGGGGAUAUUUCAGGCUCCGUGUCGAUACUAAAUUCCCCCAGCAGAAGGGGUAGGGAGGGAGACUAAAUGUUUGCUGUGUAGCGAGACUGGGACGAGAUCUUGUUGCAUGGGCUGAGCACUCUGAAAUUGUAGCAUCCCGCGGGGAGUUCAGUUUCUGCUGCUCGGCUAACCAGCUUCCCGUUGCUUUCUGCAAACUCUCGGCUGCUUUCAAAGUUAUUUUUGGCUAGUAAAACACUGAUAUGUGCUCAUGCUCCAGUCGGUGCUAUAAGGAUCACAGAUCCAGAGGGAACUGGCUCAUUAAAUUAUUUAACCAA